UCUCCCAUGGAAUAAUCAGUCUCGACAUAUCCACACACACACACACACAUACAUUAGAAGGCCUGAAAAGACCCAACGAUCGAUUCACCCAAGACUGACUGACACUGGGGCUUCCUCCGAUCUGGGUGGUUGAGCAGCAUGUCCUUGAGCCAGUCCCUCGAUGAUUGGCUCAAGCCCACCGACGAGGAUGUGGACGGCUCAGGGGUGGUGGGUGUGGACGAUCCCAUGGGUGGCAUCCCGGAUCUGCCCGAUUUGGGAUUGGGCUCCCUCUCAGCCGAGGACAUGAAAUGGGUGGACCUCGAGUUUCUGGACCUGGCCUCGGGACCGUUCGCCAAUCCGGAUCAUCACAAGAAUAAGAACAAGAGCAAUCCCACCUUAGGGUACAACUUUCCGGACAUCUUCUUCGAUUCGACCACGUCCACGAGUUUGUUUCACAAUUCGUUCAGCGGGACGCAGGAUGACGCCUUUAAGGACCCUUCCUUGGACAUUUUGGCCGAUCUGUUUCCCUCCAACGAGCCCGAAGACGACCCCGACGAGGCCAAUCGUGGCGCGCUCCGCGCCCGAUCGCCCACCCAAGCCGAGGAGGACGAAGCCACCGACCAAUUGCUCUCGGAUAUCGUCUUGGAGGCUUCCAAAUCGGAUCCCAGAGCCCAUGAGAAUCGGGUCGAUGGGGAUGAGGCUGCGGAGCGGGGGGCCAAGACCACCGGAGGGGAAGAUGAGGGCAUCUAUACCGUGCCCAUCGAGGUCUUGCAGAUCAUCUCCGAGAAGUUUGAUCCCAAGCUGGUCGAAGCCUUGGCCAAAGACGUAUCGGAGGUGCGCGCACCCGUCAAAAGGAUGAAAGCUUUUGUUCAGACGUCCGUCGAGAAGCCGCCCGCCCAGGCCUUGGCUCAGGUGGUUCUCAAGACAGAUCCGGUGCACAAUAAGACACGGAUUACCAUUUUGCCUGUGAAGGCGGACCAAGGGCCGAAACAAUCGUUCGAAGUGAGCACAUCGGAUCGCGCCUCGGCCGUCAGAAUGCUACGGUCCUUGCAUUUGGAACAGUUGGGCGUGUUUAAGAACUUUUGGCCGUCUUCGACUUCUCGCCCGUCAACGCAGGACCAAUCUCGGACCGAUUCUAAAGCCACCGCGUUGUUCAAAGAUAAACCUAUGGCCUCAUUGCGAUCCUUGGCCCAUCACGGGAUCCAGAUGUCGGAUUUUUCAUACCGCAAUGGACCCGAUGGUCAGAAGCAUUGGCUUUGUCCGGAGAAAGAUUGCGACAAGGCGUUCGAUCGUCCAGCCAAGCUCAAAAUCCACAUCUUCGGCCAUCGUGGCGUGCGUCCUUUUCCGUGCCAAGCUCCGGAUUGCCAUCGGGCUUUUGCCACGGCCGCCAAAUUGCAAAGGCACACAAGCUCACAUAAAAAGGAGAAACAUUUCGCCUGCAAACUGGAAGGUUGUGCGUCCACCUUCUCCACUAUAUACACACUAAAAGCGCAUCUGCGCCUUCACGAGGAGAGCCUCAAGUUCACUUGCCCGCAUUGCAACAAACGCUUCGACUCGGAUCGAGCCUACCAGGCCCAUUUGAAGAGGCACAAUCCGAACUUGGGGAUCCUGAAAUGUUCCUCGUGUUCCAAGGAGUUCCUCAGUCAUCAUGCAUUGACACAACACGCACCGUGUCUCGCUUCAGGUCAGCCAGAGAUUCGGUGCUCAGUCCCAGAAUGUGGGCGUCAGUUCAAGACCUUUUCAUUACUCAAGACUCACAACCUCAUUCACACGGGUGAACGACCCCAUGGUUGCGAGUUUCCAGGAUGUGCUUGGACCUUUCGUACCAUCUCCAAGCUCCGGCGUCAUGAGAAGAAGCAUCGCGACAUCCGGAACCACGUGUGUUCCAUUUGUCAGAAGGCGUUUUUGCGGGCCGAGCAUCUCAAGGCCCAUGCGUCAAUUCACUUGGACGUGAAAAAUGCAUCCGUGUGCCCCUUCAAUGGGUGCAGUGUCAAAUUUGCCGAUCAAGCCUCUCUCAUCAGUCAUAUCCAGGAGCAUGGCGGUGAUUCGACUGACCCAACCCAUCGCCCUUCAAAACUGGUCACAGUGGAUGAAUCGGCCAUAACCGUCAAGAAGCCUCACGGGAAGCCCAUCAUAUUGUCUACAUCUUAUGGUUUUGGUAACUCUGUGCCAUCUUAAGUUAAAAAAUAAACUUUAUUUAAAAAUCAA